GAGAGACACACAGCAGAAGAUCGGAGUCUUGGAGUGGAGAAUAAUGACUCAGAUAAUAACAUUGGAUGAACUCCUUCUGAGCACUCUGCAAGAUUUGGAGCAAAAGGAUUUCAAGCUGUUCAAAUGGCACCUGUGCCAGGAUGUGCUGUUGGAGUUUAUACCUUUUCGAAAAGCCUGUCUUGAGGACACAGAAAGAGAGGACACAGUCACCAAGAUGAUGGAACGCUACCUCAGGGAUGGGGCUAUAACAGUUACCAUAGCUAUUUUGAGGAAGAUGAACCAGAAUGAUCUUGCAGAAAAGCUGGAAGAAGCGAAAAAUAAAUUGCCCCCAUCUCCAGUCAGAGAAAAAAUAGUCGUCACCACAGAUAGAGUAAUUGCUAAGCAUAAUCUCAGACUCAUGAAGAGAGUAAAAGUAGUGGACCGUAUAGCCAAGAUCUUGCUUUCCAAAGGUUUCAUCCAGAAUGAAAUGUACUCUAAAAUCUGCUCAGCAUCUACAUCAAUGGAGAAAAUAUGGUAUUUGAUGAAAGCGCUAAAUGCUGGAGGGUCAUCAGCGAAAAGUGCCUUUAUUGACACACUGAAUGAAAUGGAGCCAAGUCUUCUGGAGGAUCAGGAUGAAGGAGGUCAAGCUAACCGUCUUUCAGAGAUGAGUUUGGUUCUGCUGGGGAAGAGAGGGGCUGGAAAAAGCUCAGCAGGAAACACCAUCCUGGGCAGGGAGGAAUUCCACAUCACUGGAGAAACAGUGCAAUGUAUGACCAGUCAGGCAGAAGUAGAUGGGAGGAAGGUAACUGUGGUGGACACACCUGGCUGGAAGGGGAACUCUGUGAAGGACUAUAUGAAAAGAAUUGUACCAGGUAUCGAAAAGAGUGUGUCUGAAUUACCACCAGGUCCAAAGGCUCACCUUGUUGUGGUUCAAGUUGACCUAACAACAGAUAUUAGCAGAAGCAAAAUGGAGAAACAUCUAGCAUAUCUUAGCGAGAAUGACUGGGAAACAGCAAUGGUGCUCUUCACCCAUGGUGACCAACUGACAAACAUAACUAUUGAGCAACACAUUGAAAAAGACAAGGAACUCCAGAUGCUUGUUGAAAGGUGUGGCAACAGGUAUCAUGUUCUCAAAAAUAAUGACAGAGAAGAUCGCAUUCAGGUCACACAGCUGCUGGAAAAGCUAGAUCAGAUGUUGAUGGAGAGUUUUAGUGACUAUCUGAAUCAAAUGAUUCUACAAGAUGGGGAUAUAGAGAGCAGUCACGAGAAGGAAGAAUCUGAAGCCCAGCAAGAGGAGAAACAGGGAGGAAAAAAGAGUCCAAUAUUCAAGUUUUGGGAGAAAGGCAACACAAAACAAGAGGAGUUAGCAGAACAGGUGGAAAAUACACCAAAGGAAGAGACAGAUACAGAUCAGAAUGGGGAGACCGAGGUGGACCCAUUAACUCUGUCAAACAACAAGAGUGGACUGUUGUCUUUCGGUAUUGGAAAAUUCAACAAGCACAGCACACCUAAGACAGUACCACAAGUGUCGGAGGAGGAGGAUAAGAAAGACAUGCCGAAGGAUGUCCAGAUAAAAGGAGAAAAGGAAGAGGCCUCAAGAGCAGACACCAAGGCCAAAGUCUCCAAAAGUAGUCACCAGAAAGAAGUAAUGGAAGACAAAGAAGAGGAAAAACAGGGAGGAAAAAAGACUGCAACACUCAAGUUUUGGGAGAAAAGCAACACAAAACAAGAGGAGUUAGCAGAACAGGUGGAAAAUACACCAAAGAAAGAUACAGGCACAGAUCGGAAGGGGGAAACAGAGGUGGCGCCAUUAACUGAGUCCAAACAGUCAAACAGCAAGAGUGGACUGUUGUCUUUCGGUACUGGAAAAUUCAAAAAGCACAGCACACCUAAGACAGUACCACAAGUGUCUGAGGAGGAGGAUAAGAAAGACGUGCCAAAGGAUGUCCAGACAAAAGGAAAAAAGGAAGAGGCCUCAAGAGCAGACAACAAGGCCAAAGUCUCCAAACGACAGAGAGCUCCAGUGGAGGCCUGCUCUAACGACAGAGACAAAGCGAGCUGCUGGACAAGAGAGUUCUGUUGCCUCAUUCAGUGAACUUCACCUCUUUCAGGUGAUGUGCUGCUGGAUCAAUUUGUCCAGUUCAUAUUUUAUUCAGUAUCAUGCCCUUAAGAGUAGUAUUAGUGCACAUCUAUUUUUGCAUUUUACAGUGCCCUGCAAAGCAAAGUCAUCUCAAAGAAACUGUAUUUUAAGAGGUAAGAAGAUGAGCAGUAGAGCAGUGCCAGUAGAAAUAAAUGAAAUGUGGAAUGAUGGAAACAGAAUGGUGCAAAUUUAUGUGAUAAUAAAUGAUGAUGAUCACAUAAAGCAAAUGGGAUCAAAGAAAGAUAAGAUGACGGUAGAAUGAUAUGCACAAUCAUUCAAUAAUGUCAACACAUACAUCUUGUCAUGAGUCAAACAAGAUGACAGCUCAUGACAACAACAGCAGAGCUAAACCAAACUAGAUUAUAACGGAGAAAAACCACAACUUGAUUGUACCAUAUAAUAUCAUACAAAAAGUAUCGAAGACCAGCUGAUGUUCUACAGCAUGGCAUUUAAUUAGCAGAGUAAGUUCCAAUGAAUAGGGUUAAGCAAUGCAUGCAUGGUUCUGGGAGUCCCCUGGGUGUGUGCUGGUGUUAAUUCUAGUCAAAGCUACAGUUCCCGGAGUGUAAGGAGCUGUGAUGGAUCCUGGCUACUUUAUAUCACCCAUGUGGGUGUUACACAAUGAUGGUGUUUGAGAUGGUGUUCCCCCUAUCCCC